GCUUGACCCUCUUUAGCUCAAGCGUAUUAUAAAAAUGGCAGCACCAAUAUUGCGACACCUCACUACUCCUUUCCCUUCCUUUAUAAAACUCAACCAAACCCCCAAAAUUCACUCAUUUUUCACUUUCUCCACUCAUCCCAACUCUAGAAAAUUAUCUCGAGGAACUUCAAUUUCAGUUUCAGCCAUGGCUUCUGCUACUAAGAAGGUAUUGGUUCCGAUUGCGAUUGGUACAGAGCCGAUUGAGGCUAUAGUGCCGAUAGAUAUACUGCGGAGAGCUGGUGCGGAGGUUAUUGUUGCUUCCGUUGAGAAUCAGCUUCAGAUUGAAGUAAUGUAUGGGAUUAAGAUCGUUGCUGAUGCUCUAAUUUCGGAUUGUGUAGAUACUGAGUUCGACCUUAUUUCGCUUCCGGGAGGGGUACCUGGUGCAGCCAACCUUGGGAACUGCAAAAUUUUGGAAAGCAUUGUAAAAAAGCAAGCUGAAAAUGGAAAGCUAUAUGCUGCAAUAUGUGCUGCUCCAGCGGUAGCACUUGGAUCAUGGGGGCUUUUGAAGGGGCUGAAAGCAACGUGUUAUCCAUCGUAUAUGGAGGAACUAUCAUCUCAUGCCAUUGCUGUUGAGUCAAGAGUCCAAAAGGAUGCGAAAGUUGUGACAAGUCGUGGACCAGCAACAUCCAUCGAGUAUGCUGUUGCAUUGGUUGAGGAGUUGUAUGGAAAAGAGAAGGCUAAUGAAGUUUCUGGCCCACUGGUGAUGCGCCCAAAUCACAGUGAAGAAUUUGCAUUUGCGGACCUUAAUUCAGUAAAUUGGACACUCACGAGUAAGCCACGGAUUCUUGUACCUAUUGCAAAUGGUUCUGAGGAAAUGGAAGCUACUAUUAUUAUUGAUGUACUUCGGCGAGCAAACGCUCAAGUAGUUGUGGCAUCUCUGGAAGAUAAAUUGGAGAUUGUUGCUUCCAGAAAAGUUAAACUAGUAGCAGAUGUGCUCCUUGAUGAAGCUGCUAAACAAUCGUACGAUCUCAUUGUCCUACCAGGCGGUCUUGGUGGUGCCGAAACAUUUGCCAAAUCAGAAAAGUUGGUUGACAUGCUGAAAAAGCAGAGGGAGUCAAGCAAACCAUAUGGAGCAAUGUGUGCAUCUCCAGCUCUAGUCCUAGAACCCCAUGGGCUUCUCAAGGGUAAAAAGGCUACUGCCUUUCCUGCCUUGUGCAACAAACUUUCCGAUCCAAGCGAAGCAGAAAACAGGGUGGUGGUUGAUGGAAAUCUCGUUACCAGCAGAGGACCAGGAACUACCAUGGAGUUCGCACUGGCCAUUGCAGAUAAGUUUAUUGGGCACAAGGAAACAUUAGAGCUAGCAAAGGAGAUGAUUUUCUAAGUAUUUACUUUUUUGCAGCUGUGUUCCGUCUUUAGCAUCAUACACACACCCAUCGUUGUAAACUUGUAGUAUAAUAAACUUUGCUAUAUCAGUGUGCACUUACAACUUUGUUUGUUUGGAUGGUUGUUACUCAUCGUACGUAUUGUAUUGUGUUAGUUUAAA